UUGUAAAUCUGCACACAAACAAAGUUUCCAGAAUAUUAGGGAAGGUGGAAAAUAAUGACAGGUUUUUAAGAAUUGCUUUGUAUCAAGGUGAUCAAAGCAGUAAAAAAGUGCGAAAAAUUCCUGCUGCUGCUGUAAAUGUGAAUGAAAGCAAAGAUCCCAUGACAGAUCCUACUUUGUUAUGCUGUGCUUUUAAGAAACACAGAAUCUAUUUGUUCAGCCGAAGAGAACCAGAGGAACCUGAUGAUGCAACCAAGGGUAGGGAUGUCUUUAAGGAAAAGCCUCCUCCUGAUGAACUUAUGGCUGCAUCAGAUAUUGGAAAGUCUGUUACAACAUCUCUUCCAGAAAAUGUGGUAAGUAGCCUACUUUUUGCUUUUAAAAUGAUUUAUUUGAUUUUAAUAAAUAAUAAUUAAUAUCCUUGAUGAUAU